AUGAACAGUUCACGGUGGCUCUUUCAGCUUUAACAAUUUUUUUCCCAAAGACUUUUCAAUACAAUGUACGUUGGAAGGAACUAGGAAGUUUUCUUCACCUUCAAAAUGUCUCUGAGGUUGUGGUUUGUCUAUAUAUAUAUGGAAAACAAGUCGCAGAGAUACCGGAAAAAAAAAAGGUAGACAAAAGGGUGGUAGAAGUUGAGAAGAUGAUGUUGCUAUGGCUUGUUUUGUUAUGCCUAUCUAAAGCGACAAAAGCAGCCAUGGCAGAUUCAUCUGUCACAAAGCCUGGAUGUUCUGAUAAAUGUGGGAAUGUCAACAUUCCUUACCCGUUUGGGAUUGGCGAAACUUCUUGCGCCAUAAACGAAAACUUUUUCUUGAAUUGCAGCGACACAAACGCUAAUGAUAUCAAACUGUUCUUUGGUGAGAACAUGCCUAUUAAGAGCAUAUCAGUGGAAGAAGGAACUGUAUCUGUCAACAUCGAUGCAGCUUUCCGAUGUUUCAACAAGACCGGGCUGAGACAAGAGUUCGAUCAGAUCAUAACAUUGGGAUCUGAAUCGUUCAGAUUCUCAGACACACAAAACAAACUAACAGUAUUUGGUUGUGAUACAUUUGCUUUGAUGGGCGAUGCAGAUGGAAAUUUCAGCACCGGUUGUCUUGCCUUAUGCAGUGAUGCUCCAAACAUGGAACAAGAAAAGACCUGCUCAGGUGUUGGAUGCUGUCAGACCCCGAUUCCGCAUAAUCUAAACACAUUACAUAUUAUUGUAGGAAGUUUGUCUGAUCACAAAGAAGUUAUGGACUUCAAUCCCUGCGGAUAUGCAUUUGUGGCCGACCAAAGAACCUUCAAUGCUUUGGAUUACGGGCUGCGUGACUACUCAGAUGCACUUGUGAGUCCAGAUGCUGUGAUAGAAUGGGUGGUAAGUGAGGAAACUUGUGAAGCAGCUCAGGCAGACAGCAGUACAUAUGCUUGUGGCGGUAAUACUAACUGUAAUUUCUCUAGAAACGGCCAAGGAUAUCGCUGCUUGUGCAAGGAAGGAUUCAGAGGAAAUCCUUAUUUCCCAUAUGGAUGUCAAGACAUUGAUGAGUGCAAGGAACCAGAAACAUAUAAAUGUGAAGGACGUUGCAAGAACACAAUUGGGAAUUACACAUGCAACUGCCCAGUUGGCAUGCGAGGAGAUGGAAAAGUUGGAUGUCAGGGAUUUCGUAUAACCACGAUUUUCGCAGUUAUUGGGGCAAGCAUUGUAUUUGUGAUCAUGAGUGUUCUAAUCUUUGUGUUAUUCAAGAGGCGUAGAAAGGAGAAGAACUUCUUAGACAACGGAGGUAAGUUGCUGAAGCACCAACGAGUGAGGAUUUUCAGCGAAGCAGAGCUAUCAAAAGCCACCAACAACUAUGACAAAAAUCGGUUUCUAGGCGAAGGUGGGUUCGGAUCAGUUUACAGAGGGAUACUAGCUGAUAACGUUGAAGUUGCAGUCAAGAAGCCUAAAGGGGUGGAUAAAGCUCAAGUAAAUGAGGAAUCUCAACAUGAAAUUGGCAUUGUUUCACAAGUCAAUCAUAAGAAUGUAGUGAAGCUGUUAGGCUUGUGUCUGGAGACCAAAGUCCCAUUGCUUGUUUAUGAAUUUAUCUCCAAUGGAACACUUUACCAGCAUGUCCAUGACAAGAAGUCUCACAUUCUAAAGACAUGGAAAGCUCGCUUGAGGAUCGUGGAAGAGACUGCUCUAGCACUUAAUUAUUUGCACUCAUUGGCAUACCCUCCUAUCAUUCACGGCGACAUCAAGUCAACGAACAUACUCUUGGACGAAAAUUACACAGCAAAAGUGUCUGAUUUUGGGGCUUCAGUGUUGAUUUCAGCAGAUGAAGCUGUGAUAGCCACAAAAAUUCAAGGGACUUUCGGCUACUUGGAUCCUGAGUAUCUAAUGACUGGUAAUUUAACUGCAAAGAGCGAUGUAUACAGUUUUGGGAUCGUCAUGCUGGAGCUACUUACAGGAGAGAAACCUUCCUCCAAUUCGAGGUUUGGCGAGAAGGGUAACAUUAUUCAACACUUCAUCUCAUCGUUGGAAAACAACACUCUCCACCAAAUACUGGAUUUUGAGGUAUCCGAUGAAGAUGAAAUGGAUGAGAUAGAAGUUGUGGCUGAGCUGGCAAAAAGAUGCAUACAUAGCAGUGGCAUGAAAAGGCCAACUAUGAAGGAAGUAGCUGAUGAACUUUCUAGGCUGAGGAAGCUCGGUGAAGACAUGUCAGCUCAGCAUAACAAUGAAGAGACAGAGCAUUUACUUGGUGAACCUUCCUAUUUUUCAAAAGAUAUUGUCACUGCAAACAUGAACCAGCCAGACACAUAUACCGUGAAAAUUUUUGAAAUAGAGAGUUAUGGUGACAGCAUUUGAUCAAACAAGUCCAUUAUCCCUUACACAAAAAACUCUUUGUCCCUAGAGCUUCUCCCUUGGAAUGGAAACCCGAUUGAGAGUCAACUAAUAAGUUAGAAUCCUAUUUUGGACUUCAGAAAAUUGUAUUUUGGUAUCUUUGUAUUAAGGGCACAUGUUUGGUUGUAGGUUCUGAAUUGUAUUUUGGAAUUGUAAUCAGGAUAAAAUAAACUAUUAUUGA